GUUUUAUUGGAAGUGUUAUACAUUUUGAAUUGUUGCAAAAUGAAUAUUAUUAAAAAUGAGUUUACUUGGGUAGAUUAUGCAGUGUUUCUUAUAAUGUUACUAAUAUGUUUGUUAAUUGGUGUAUAUUUUGGAUUUAUUAAAGUAUCGAAAAAUGUUAAAGAUUAUUUAAUAGGAAGUAAAAAUAUGACUGUAUGGCCGGUAACAAUUUCACUUGUUGUCAGUUAUAUUUCUGGAAUAUCAUUUUUGGGUUUCCCUACAGAAAUGUACAUAUUUGGUAUACAAUAUUUGUAUAUAUUAUUCGAUGGCGUAUGUAUGGGAUUUAUUGGUAAUUAUAUAUAUUUACCUGUUUUUAUGGAUUUGCGAUUAACUUCGACUUAUGAGUAUUUAGAACGGCGUUUUGACAAAUCCUUGAGGCGACUGGGAUCAAUUUUAUUUAUUGUUAGUGUGAUUUUAUGGCUUCCAAUUGUAAUAUAUGUACCAGCAUUAGCUCUGAACCAUGUAACUGGAAUAAAUACGCAUGUCAUAACACCAAUUGUCUGUGCAGUUUGUAUUUUCUACACUUGCGUGGGUGGAAUUCGUGCUGUAAUUUGGACUGAUUUUCUACAAGCAUUUUUAAUGGUUAGCUCAGUUCUUUUGGUGCUAGUAAAAGCGACAUGGGAAGCUGGCGGAUUGGGAACGGUAAUCGAACGUAAUGUAGCCUCCGGAAGAUUGGAAUAUCCAGACAUGGAAUUAAGUUUAACCAAACGGUUAACAUUCCCUGCUAUGAUGUUUGGUGGUACAUUUAGUGUAAUAAAUCAUGGAAUUAUUAAUCAAGUGAUGAUGCAAAGAUAUGUUUCUUUACCUUCUUUAGAAGAAGCUAAAACAGUAGUGUGGUUAUUUUUGAUAUGUAAAACAAUCUUUAUGGGACUUUGUGCUUAUUCAGGCCUGCUUAUUUUCGCUACGUAUUUCGAUUGCGAUCCUGUUUCAACCCAUAUUGUAUCUGAAAAGGAUCAACUUUUACCAUUAUUAGUUGUUGAUACUUUAAAAGAAUUUCCUGGCGCAUCUGGAUUAUUUUUGGCUGGUGUCUUUAGUGCUUCACUUAGUUCUUUAUCGAGUGGUUUAAAUUCAUUGGCAGCUGUGUUAUUAGAGGAUUGUUUUAAGCCUGUUUUCACAAAAUUGACUCCAAAACAGGAACAAACUAUUGUAAAAAUAGUGGUUGUAGUUACAGGUGUUCUUACAGUUGGAUUAGCUGCGGUUGUAGCAAAAUUAGGACAAAUAUUACAGUUAUCCGCUGCGCUUGGAUCGAUUUCAUCAGGUCCUUUGCUUGGUGUGUUUACGUUGGGUAUCCUAUUCCCAUGGGCAAAUGCAAAGGGAGCUUUCUAUGCGGGUUUUAGCGGACUGUUCUUUAUGGGAUGGAUUUGUUUUGGUGCCCAAACAAUGUUAGCACAGGGACUGAUGCUCUAUCCAGAGAAACCUGUUUACACAGAUGGUUGUACAUUUAAUAUUACAGAACCUUUAGCCACACCUCCACCAAUGGAUAACUACGAUGAAACGAAUGUUUUCUUUAUGUAUCGAAUAACAUUUGUAUUGUACACAGCAAUUGGUACAAUAUUUACAGUUAUUCUUGGAUUAAUAAUAAGUUAUAUUACUGGAUUUAAUAAAAUUGAAGAUGUGGAUCCUUUACAUUUAGCACCAUUCUUGAGACCAAAAAAUUUUAAACCAUUAGAAAAUAAUAAUGAUAAACAGCAAUACAUUGAGAAAUUUGGUACGAAUAUUUGCAUGACAGAGGCUGUUGAUUUAUUAAACAAAAGGAAAGAUUCAGGCUGUGCAGAAAAAAAUAAUUAUUUACCAUAA